CGGCGGCGGCCUCCUCCUCGGUCCCGCCGGCACCAUGAGCAUCGAGAUCCCGCCGGGCCUCACCGAGCUGCUGCAGGGCUACACGGUGGAGGUGCUGCGGCACCGGCCGGCCGACCUGGUGGGCUUCGCCGCCGAGUAUUUCACCCGGCUGCGGGAUGCCCGCGAGCGGGAGGCGACCGGCGACGGCCGGAGGGUGGUCAGCUUCGACGGGGAGCCCAUGCAGACCGAGUCCAACGGCGAGGAGGAGCCCGAGCGCGGCGACGAGGACUCCGACUCCGACUUCGAGCCUCCUGUCAUUAACCGAUACAACAGAAGAGUAUCAGUCUGUGCUGAAGCUUUCAAUCCGGAUGAAGAGGAAGAAGACACGGAGCAGAGGAUAGUUCAUCCAAAAACAGAUGAACAGCGAUGCAGACUGCAGGAGGCAUGCAAAGAUAUCCUGCUCUUCAAAAAUCUAGAUCAGGAGCAGCUUUCUCAAGUCCUUGAUGCCAUGUUUGAGAGGAAGGUGAAACCUCAUGAACAUGUGAUUGAUCAAGGGGAUGAUGGAGACAACUUCUAUGUCAUUGAGCAGGGAUUGUAUGAUAUUGUUGUAGCAAAAGACAACCAGGCGCGCUGUGUGGGCCGCUAUGAUAAUCACGGCAGUUUUGGGGAACUGGCGUUGAUGUACAAUACUCCUAGAGCUGCCACCAUUGUUGCCACAACAGAAGGAGCCCUUUGGGGACUGGAUCGAGUGACAUUCAGAAGAAUUAUAUUGAAAAACAAUGCAAAGAAGAGGAAGACGUACGAGUUAUUUAUUGAGUCUGUACCCCUUCUCAAGUCCUUGGAGGCAUCAGAACGAAUGAAAAUUGUGGAUGUUAUAGGAGAGAAAGUGUAUCAGGACGGGGAACGUAUCAUUUCUCAGGGCGAUAAAGCAGAUUGCUUUUAUAUUGUAGAAUCUGGUGAAGUAAAAAUCAUGAUUAAAAGCAAGACUAUGAUGAGUAAGGAAGCUAACCAAGAAGUAGAGAUUGCCCGGUGUCACAGAGGGCAGUAUUUUGGAGAGCUUGCACUUGUUACCAACAAGCCCAGGGCAGCCUCUGCCUAUGCUGUUGGAGAGGUCAAAUGUUUAGUCAUGGAUGUGCAAGCAUUUGAGAGGUUGCUUGGACCCUGCAUGGACAUUAUGAAGAGGAAUAUAACGCAUUAUGAGGAGCAGCUGGUGGCAAUGUUUGGCUCAAGCAUGGACCUGUUGGAUCCAGGGAAUUAGGCACAGGGUACCUCAGUGCCUUCUUAGUUCAAGACACAAAAAAGCCUCCUAUCAGCAACACAACUCACAAGGAAAAUGGACACUACGGAACAGUUAAUGCUGCUGUCUUCUUGGGCAUUUUAGAAACCGUAAGCAAGUCUCGGCACAGAUGGAUUGCUCACUCCCUGCCUCCACUUUGCUGCUGAUACUUCAUUAUUAGACCUAGAUUAAAAAUGGUUCUAACUUUGA